AUGUCCACUAACGAUAACGAUAAUUCUGAGGCUGCCAUAUAUGCUGAAAGGUUGAGAGCGCGUCGACGCCUAAUGAUGCGGAAAAUUUCAAAAUUUGACACAUUUUUGAAUUUGCCACGAGGCGCAGUAAAUGAUCAAGCAAUUAAUAUUAAACCAGUUUUUGAAUUUCAACCAUUUAAAGACUGGACUGCCGCUUUAUCUAAAGAAAUUAUUGCAACAGAAAAAUUAUUUGGAAAAAAUAUAGGUUUUGUUAAAUUUAAGGUCAAUACCAAUGGGAAUAACAGUGAUACUGACAACAAUCUUAUACAAGAGACAGGCAUAUUUCUAUUAGCAACUCAUAAUGGAAAUUAUGAUCUUGGUGAAAAUAAUAUCCAUGGAAAAUAA